UUCCAAACCCUAAUCCCUCGGAAGAAUAAGCAGGAGAAAGAGGAAGCCAGCAAGACGAAAAUGGCGCAGCAACCACUGGAGCAAGUGCAGUGCUUCGGCCGCAAGAAGACUGCGGUGGCCGUCACAUACUGCAAGAGAGGACGCGGCCUCAUCAAGAUCAACGGUUGCCCAAUCGAGCUUGUGGAGCCGGAGAUCCUGCGGUUCAAGGCGUUCGAGCCAAUCCUGCUGCUCGGAAGGCACCGAUUCGCCGGCGUUGACAUGCGCAUCCGCGUGAAGGGAGGAGGACACACUUCUCAGAUCUACGCCAUAAGGCAGAGCAUAGCGAAGGCUCUUGUUGCGUUCUACCAGAAGUAUGUGGACGAGCAGAGUAAGAAGGAGAUCAAGGACAUUCUUGUCAGGUACGACCGAACCCUCCUCGUCGCCGAUCCAAGGCGCUGCGAGCCCAAGAAGUUCGGUGGUCGCGGUGCUCGUGCUAGGUUCCAGAAGUCCUACCGUUAAGGGAAUUUCUCUCUUUUUAUUUCAUCUUUCAGUUUUGGAAACGUCUUUUUUACCUUUAAUGUUAUGUUAAAAACUCUUGAGCUUGAAUUUUAGUUCUGUGAUUUUGCUUGCUGCGUUGAGACGCUAUAUUUCGGUUUUAAUUGAACUUAGUUAUUUAGCCCUUUGAAUACAGGUAUAACAUUAUUUCUCCGGGUUCGGAUUUUAUUUGUU